AUUUGUCCCUUCCAAACUGUCAAAUUUCCACAGCGAAAGCAAAGUGUUUUACUCUAGUUUCUCCUCCUCCUCCUCUGCAGCAACAUCCCAGCAAAUUAAAGCUCAGAAAACACCAAGGAGAGAGAAGGAAGAAGAUGUUGUUUCAGGUGGGAGGCCAAGGGACUCGCCCCACGUUCUUCGAGAUGGCGGCGGCUCAGCAGCUCCCCGCCAGUCUCCGCGCCGCCCUCACCUAUUCCAUCGGCGUAUUAGCUUUACGAAGACCCUUCCUCCACAGGGUUCUCGACUACGAGGACGAGUUCUUCUCCUUGCUCAUGCUGGUCCUCGAAACUCACAGCUUACGAACUACAGAUGCUUCGUUUUCGGAAUCGUUGUACGGGUUGAGAAGGAGGGCUGUGAAGAUAAAAGCUAUGAGGAAUGAUGAUGCUCGACUGAACCCAGGUGAUGACAUUCAGCAUUCUGGCUUAGAGAAGCGCCAGAGACUUCUUUCGGUUGUGUUUUUGGUUGUGUUGCCUUACUUUAAGUCAAAACUGCAUUCAAUCUACAAUAGAGAAAGGGAAGCCAGACUUCAAGCGAGUUUAUGGGGACAUGUAGAUGAAAGAUUUGAUGAUGCUGACAUAAUUGAUAGAGGAGAAGAUGUUGUUGUUUCACGGGGAACUUCAGAUAUGGUCGUAUCAGUUAGGACGCGUUUGACCAAAAAGAUCCAGAAGUUUAUAGGUGCUUGCUACCCAUUGCUGCAUGCUAGUAGUGAAGGAUUUUCGUUCGCUUAUCAGAUGUUAUACUUGUUGGAUGCAACUGGAUUCUAUUCCUUAGGAUUACAUGCGCUUGGGAUUCAUGUCUGUCGAGCUACAGGGCAAGAACUGAUGGAUACUUCUUCUAGAAUUUCAAAAACAAGAACCCGUGAACGUGAGAGACUUCGUGGCCCUCCAUGGUUGAAGGCAUUACAAGGAGCAUUGCUCAGCGGUACAUACACCGUGCUUGAUUAUGCACAGACUGGGUUAAUUGCAGCGGUUUUCUUUUUUAAAAUGAUGGAAUGGUGGUACCAAUCUGCUGAAGAGAGAAUGUCAGCUCCAACCAUAUACCCUCCACCUCCUCCACCUCCACCUCCGCAGGUUGCCAAGGAGGGGAUUCCACUGCCACCCGAUAGAGCUCUUUGUCCUCUCUGCUCACAGAGGCGUGCAAAUCCAUCUGUAAUUACAGUUUCCGGGUUUGUCUUCUGCUAUGCCUGCAUCUUCAAGUAUGUUUCUCAGUAUAAGAGAUGUCCGAUCACAUUGAUGCCUACUACUGUCGACCAGAUAAGGAGACUCUUUCACGACGUGUAGAAAAACCAGCUGGAUACGUCAAAGGAGAAAAUAAUUCAUUUCCCAUUUCGAAGCAGGGAUGCUGGAUAAGCUUGCACGGUGAGGACCGGCGAAACAAAUAAAUGUUGUAUUGUCCUGUGGGGGUUUCGUAGUAAUCAGGGAAAGGAAAUGAAGAAUGUUGUAUUUGAUUAUUUGUUGUUGAAUAAUACUAUACGUACGAUAAUAAUACAACAGAUUUAUGUGA